AUGGCUCCUCCUCCGCCAAACCCCAAUCUUCCGCUCAAGGAGCGAUUCUUGGCUCUGGCCCAGACUCUGCAGUUCGCCUGGUUUGUCGGGCACCUGACCCUUCUGCUCACUACCACUCGAUAUGCCCUGUCAUGGAUAUUCAUGAACUACUACAGCGGCAUGGCCCAAUUCUCCUACCGGACAUCGUUUGUGGCCGCAGCUCUCACGUAUGGCAUCGUCGUGUACAAGACACAGCGCGCCCGCGCAAAGACGGGAACCAAGGCGCCCAACGGUGUCAUCGGCCUCCUCGCUGAUGAGAACGUCCAGUAUCUGGCUAUGGCCCUCGUCUGGCUCUUCUCUCCUCAGUAUCCCCUCGCUCUGCUUCCUUACUCGGUCUACUCCGUCUUCCACGUGGCCACGUACUCCCGCCAGAACCUGAUCCCAGUCUUCCACCCCCCUCCGCCCGCCACCGAUGGCGUGUCGCAGCCCAAGGUCAACAACCCGCUCGCGAAUAAGAUUGGAAACUUUGUCAAGGAGUACUACGACUUCUCUAUGACGGUGGUCGCGUACCUUGAGAUUAGCCUGUGGACCCGAGUCUUGCUGUCAGCCAUCCUUUUCCAGCGUAGGUCCUGGAUCCUGCUUGGACUGUACACCAUCUUCAUCCGAGCUCGCUACGCCCAGAGCACCCACGUCCAGUCCUCCUUUGCUCACGUCGCUUCCCGGGCCGACCACUUUGUUUCCGCCCAGGGAACCCCGCCUCAGCUCAAGCAAGCUUGGGACAUUGUCAAGGGCAUUGCUAGCAAGUUCCACGAUGCCACCGAGAUUAGCAGGUACACGGGUGCUGGCCCUGCCAAGAAGACUUCAUAA